AUGGCCGAUUCACCCUCGUCGCCCGCUGCCGCGGCGGCAAUGCAGGCUGCUAUGGAGGCAGCGCUGCGAGCGUUCAACACGGAGCUUUGGACUCUGUACUCGUUUGGAGUUCUGAUUACUUGCCUGAGAACGUACUCCCGUAUCACUUCUGUGGGCCUCUCAAACUUGCGGGCGGAUGACUACAUCGUCUGGCUUGCAGUUUUGCUCUACACCACACAGUCAACUUUGGCAUACUUUGCCGUCAACCAUGGCCAUGGGCUUGCAAACAAUACCAUGACAGACGAGCAACGAGCAGCUCUAUCUCCGAAUUCGCAGGAAUACGACUUGAGGAAGGACUUGACCGACGCUACCGCCAACGGAUCUGGAUCGGGCAUCUGUCAACCUGCCCUUGCUCCGCCGAUUGUCUGGGUCACCUUUGUCUCGAGCGUUCUCACGGACAUCUACCUCAUCCUGAUCCCAUUGCCCAUGCUCUGGGGAACGAGUCUGAAGCUUGUCAAGAAGAUCCUCUCCUCGUUUGUCCUUGGAGCAGGUGUAUUUGUGCUGGUGUGCUCGCUUCUCAAAACAGUCUUUGUUGAAAUUGAUCCUGUCAAUGGUGCCCAGCUCGCUGGCCAAUGGGGUGUUCGCGAAUGCUUCGUUUCUGUCGUCACCACCAACCUGCCCAUGAUCUUCCCUCUCCUUCGUACAUGGUUCAAACCCAUCUUCGGUAGCGCCUUCUCUUCCGUGAAAACAUCCUACAAGCACCCGAGCGGUUUCCGUACCAUCGGCGGUCACGAACACGGCACAGGCAUGAGCAGCCGGCGGCGCAUGACCGCCUCCACCAGCGCAAAGAACAGCGGUGCCAACACCACACUUUCGUUGACCGAGAGCGAGGAGCGCAUUGUCAAAGACGUCAAGCUGCAGACUCUGAACGUCUACGCUACCUCUGACGCUGAUGACAAGGUGGCAAAGCCAAAGGGCAUUGUUGUGUCCAGCGAGUUCGAGAUUACCGAGGACAGGGCCAGUCAGCACGGUGGACAGAAGGCUCAGCGUGCUCACGAACCGUGGUGA